ACGCCUCGGUCAGAGCAGAGAGCAUACAGAGAUAAAGUCAUCGAGCUUGAAUUGCAGCAGCUGAAAUUUCGGUUUACGCAGCGACACCAGCAGCGGGAUGGGCUCCAGCAGCUCCAGCAGGAACAAAAUCCCCAACGCCCAGGAGCUCAUGGACCAAACUGGAUUCUCGUCUGCUCAUCUCCUCCGUCUGUACGACAGGUUUGAGUGUCUGGACAGAGACAACAGAGGAUACCUCAGCCCUGACGAUUUUGAAGCAGUUGGAGGUUUGGCCAUGAACCCCAUCGGAGGCAGAAUCAUAGAUGCCUUUUUCUCUUCGGGGAUACUGUGGACUUUUCCUCCUUUGUCCGGAUUCUGGCUCAUUUCCGUCCAACUGACAGAAACCGAAACAAAGAAGGAACACAGCAAGAGCUCCCCAACAGCAGGACCAGGAAGCUCAAAUGUUCUGCGGGCGAUGCUGGGGCUGCAGGUGACGGAGGAGCAGCUGCAGAGCAUAGCUGAGCGAGCCAUUCAGGAGGCCGACCUCGACAAAGAUGAUGCCAUCUCCUUUGACGAGUUCAAAAAGUCACUGGAGAAAGUGGACAUUGAUACCAAGAUGAGUAUCGGCUUCCUGAAAUAAAGACACAACCUGCUAAGAAUUUACAUCAGCAUAAAGAUCCCAGUAAGGAACAUCUGCAGUUUGAGAUCAGCUCUUCAAACCAAACUGGAGAUCUGGUGGAUAAACUGCUGUUACUCCUGUGCACGCUGGGCUGGAGCUGGAUUUGUAGUGUUCAUCAGCGCUCCCGUGAGCCAGCAUGCACAAAAGCAGCACAGACCCUAAAUGCAGUGCAGUCACGCACCUGAACACACAUGCGACAUGUUAACAGUCUUAAUAAGGGAAAAAUAAAGUUUUCUUAAAACCUUUUAAUGGAUCGUUUUAUUUAACGUUAACAUGUUUGUUCAUCAGUGAUGUCAUGAAUCUAAAGGCAGAAUAUGUCAGUAAAUUUCUGAGCUCUAGCUUUGUGUGCAUUAAUAGACAUCUUUAUUCUCUCAGUUUCAUUUCAUAACACGUGUUUCUUUCUCUGCAACGUCACAUUUGGAAAAUGCACAAAGAUCUGUCAGCAUGAUUGGUUAGAUGAUAACCUUUCCCCUCUUUAAUAUCCUAAAAAAGGUAAACUGAAGUUAACUAAAGAAAAGCAAAAGUGUGAAAUUAAGUCAAACAUACAGGUAAAUGUGAUUAAUAAAAGUAAAAUGUAAAUGAACCACAAAGCGUUUUAAUUGAAACAGCAAAACCUAAUAAAUAAAUUGAUCUGUUGCGAAGUUCUGAGAACGAUUCCCUGUGGCGCCCUCUCUUGGACAUACUUGGUACUGCAGGGCCACACCGAUUCAGGAGACGUUUCAUUUGCAGCGUGAUUCUGAGGUGAUUCCAUGUUUCAGAAAACAGCACGAGCAUAACGAAGGA